AUCGUUUCCAUUCAGCCAUUGAAGUGGGAAGAGUCGGGUCCAUACUGUAGCGAUUUCAAUGCGCCCUGUGCGUGAUUUCAACGUUAAAAUGUUGCUGUUUAACGUGUAUUAGAUAACAUUUUACGGUAUUCGGUGAAACUGCCCACUCGGCCGGCGUGCUUGGUAAACAACGGAGGUAAAAUGUCUGCAGCGGCCGUCGGAGGGGGAGGCUCCUCCUGUCUGGGCGCAGCAGCGGCAGCCAGUUGCAGCUCCGCCGGUUCUCCGUACGCUGCUGCAGCCGGAGGAGGCGCUGGGGUGGCCGGGAGACUGCCAGCUCGGGUCCUAGAACAUAUCUUCUCCUACCUGGAGAUGUCCGACCUGAUGCGGUGCUCGCUGGUCUGCUGGCACUGGUACAACAUCCUGGCAGAUGAAAACAGUGAGGUGUGGCGCAGCCUGUCAGCCCGGACUCUCAGCGAUGAAGCUCUGCGGAGUGACAUCCUGUGCAACCUGCCCACCUACAAGGGAAAGCUGAAGGCCUUCCAGCACGCUCUGAGCUCCCAUGACUGCUCCCGUAAUGUUUAUGUGAAGAAGAAUGGCUUUACCCUCCAUCGUAACCCCAUUGCCCAGAGCACGGAUGGAGCGCGAGGAAAGAUCGGCUUCUCGGAGGGGAGGCACGCCUGGGAGAUCUGGUGGGAAGGUCCUCUGGGUACUGUGGCAGUGAUUGGCAUCGCCACAAAGCGAGCAGCCAUGCAGUGUCAGGGCUAUGUGGCUCUGCUGGGCAGCGAUGACCAGAGUUGGGGCUGGAACCUGGUGGACAACAACCUGCUACAUAACGGGGAGGUCAACGGGAACUUCCCACAGUGCAACAACGCACCUAAAUAUCAGAUCGGGGAGAGAAUACGAGUGAUUCUGGAUAUGGACGACAAGACAUUAGCCUUUGAGAGGGGGUUUGAGUUUCUUGGAGUAGCGUUUCGUGGUCUGCCCAAAGCCUGCCUGUACCCUGCUGUCUCUGCGGUCUACGGAAACACUGAAGUCACCAUGGUGUACCUAGGGAAACCUCUGGACGGAUAGAAGAACAGGAGCCUAUAACCAAGAAGCCUCAGGAGAGCGCAGGACUUGUUCUGUCAGCAGACUGCAGAAAAAUGUUUAUUGAACCAUUUUCUACAAGUUCUGGAGGCUAAUCAUCAGAAGACUCUCCUCACAAACUCAAAGAGAAAUGUUUCCUCCUGUGGCUCGAUUUGAGGAGUCAGAGUCUGGACAGGCAACAGGAGUGUUUGGGGACUUUAAUAAAUGUGGGAAUGUCCACUUUUACACUUUAGCUGCUGAACUGAUUCACAGGAAAGAUGAACUUUAUUUAAACACAUCAGAUUCAGGUAAGGACAUUUACUGGAGAUUUUAGUAUCUAUUGUAAAGAGGCCAAACACACUAUGACACAUAAUUUUAACCAGUUGUUAUUUAAAUCUGUCAUAUGAAUUCACAGAAACACUGAGAAAUAUUACAGAUAUACGCCAAAUAAUUAUGACUUAAUAUUAGUUUAUCUUUCUAUGACAUGCAGACCUACAAUUCUGUAUGUGCAUGAAUUCUGGCAAAUGAACUGUGUCAGCUGCCAUUUUAACUCACCUGUCCUGUACUGGUUUAAAGUAUACCUGUAUCAUGUCAAUGUGUGUCCUUUUUAAUGUGCUCUGUAGUAUUACACACUAUUUAUUUCUUGGUUUUAUGAAUGGUACUGUAAAAUUCUGUGGGGUUAUAAGGCCUGAAAAUAAAGUCUACCUGGUGCCACAGA